AUGGGCGCGAUUUUCAGUUGCGCUCCCGAAUUCGAAAAAGUCGGUGGCACCGACGAGAGGACGUGCUCUUCUUCAGGCUCAUGGAGCGGUGAAGCACCUGUGUGCGCUAUAGAUGUGGCCGCUGGCAAACCCGCUUUUCAGGUACUUCACCCUAUUUUGAAGUAUCACUACACAUUUGUACUUAUUAAUUCUCCUCUCGAAGUACCACUCCAGACUUCAAUUGAAAAAAAAAUGAAUUUCAGUCAUCUGGUAGCUCGAUCUACUCGAUUUCCCGAGGAAUUUGCACAAUCACCGACAAUACGGCUGGAUCUUGGUGGUGAGGAGGUCGAUCUGCUCAGUUCCUAUUCCGUUCAUGGUGUAGCGAUCCGACUUGGUAAACAGUCGUCACCCAUACUCAACGUGUAUCUCAUCCAACAAAACGGUGACCUUCGCCUGAUGUGUGAAUGCAUGGCGUAUCUUGGAGGUAGCUCAGUUACUUUUCAGUUAUGUGACAUUUCUGGUUACGCGUUCUUCGAAAACACUACUGUGUACGUGCAUUGCGAACUUGCCGAUGUGGAGAAG